CUUGUGACAUCGGUGCAGUACGUACUGCAGUGAUGGCGAAACAAACGCUUUUCUUUAUGCUUUUUGUUCUCUCAAUUUCAUCUCGGAUACUUGCAAAAGAAUACAAAGUUGCUACGUUUGAACAUCACCCAUUCUUCAUACUAGCGCCCGAACCACUCAGCAGAGAAAAAGCGUUGCAAAUGAUGAGGAAAAAUACGGCUGUUUACAGCGAGCAAGCCAGAGCAGCUCGUAAACAAGGCGCACAGAUCAUUGUAUUUCCAGAAGACGGCAUAUACGGUUUCUUCCACUCACGAGAAACAAUAAAACCUUACUUGGAACCAAUUCCUACAGUUUCAAAUACUACAUCUAUCAUUCCGUGCACAGACCCGAAACCCAACACUGAAAUUCUGCAACAACUGAGCUGCAUAGCGCGGAACAAUUCUAUUGCAGUGGUAGCAAACAUGGGCGAUAUACAAUAUUGUUCGCAGAGAGAUCCGAACUGCCCUAAAGAUGGUAGAUAUCAGUACAAUACUGAUGUUAUAUUUGACAAGGACGGCAGACUACUAGCUAAGUACCAUAAACAACAUCUAUAUUUUGAAAAAGCUUUCAAUACUCCGACCAAAUGUGAAUUUGUUACGUUUGUUACAUCAUUUCAGGUAGGUAGAGUGGAUUGUGUUAAAAACAAUAUAUGUGUUACUUUACACACUAAAAACACCUAUAAUUUGUUAUUAGGGACGUAGAGUUAAUAAAGUUUUUAAUACACGAAUCUUUCAAAAGUUCAUGAGCAACCAUAUUCAUAAAGAUCCUGGGUACGAGGUUGACUCAUUUCACGAACCAGGGCCGUACACAGGGGGGGGGGGCAACUGCCCCCCCCCCCCUCCUCAGAGAAAACUAUAUUUACGAUUUUUAUAAUGUCAUUAAUAAUUAUUCUUUGGAUAUUUGGGACUUUUUCGGCAUAUAGGCCAUACUGCUCCCCCCCACGGUGAAAAAAUCCUGCGUACGGCCCUGUCACGAACGGUUUAUAAUUAUAAACAAUGCAUUUAUAGAGGCUUUGUUUACAAUUCAAUGAAUUUUAAUAUGAACUUUGCAACGAAGUUGAGGGCGAAGUUUGCAACAUUAAUAUUUAGGGAAAGGAUAAGGGCCGAUAUGUGAAAUCGAUUGGUGUUAAUUAUCGUAACAUUGCAAUAAUCCACGUCUCAAAUUGUUAUCAAUUAGCACUGGGGUUGGAUCUAUAUGGCUCUUGGGUUAUGUCGUUUAUUGGAUACUCUUUUAUGCAAUCAAAUUAGUUAAUUCUUUUUGGAUUUUCUUGAAUAAUUUGGUCUGGGUUAGGGGUAGGAUAGUUUUGGGUUAGUUUACAUAGUCAUUUAACACCUCUUCCGACAAUGACGUCAUGUUAGCUUGGUGGUUGGAAAUGAGUAUUGACCUAUAAUUUUAUGGGUCAAUAUAUAUUUUAUUUAUCAAUUCUAUUUACCACUACAAUAUUAGUUUAAUUUUAAGACCUCGAAGGAGAGGACUUUCCCACUGCAGUGGUGCACGACGUGGGGUGUGAGACCAUUUUGAGUUUUGACCAUUGAGGUUUUGACUAACAAUUACGGAAUUUGUUUCCCUAGUAGUAUUACGUAAUUUGACUAAAAAUUCCUGAGGCUCAGCGGAGGGGAGUGGGAAAAGUCCAACGAAAACAUUAGUGUAGUGUCAUCAUGGUAAGGUGAUGUUACAUGGGGUAAUUUUCAAGCAACCAUUAGUAAUGCCACGCAUUGCCGAAACAGUCGAAUAACGUAACCCAUUAUUAAGAUUCGUCGGUUAAUUAAAAUCAUUACGCGCGUAACAUAGACUACUCUUGAUUGUAUGCAGUUAUUAAAAUACAGGUUACUGACCGUUCAGUAACCAAUCAAAAUGGUUUAAUGCUGCAUUUUACAGAUGGACCACCAUUCCAUAUAAUAAAGGAUGUUAUUUAAAAUAUAUUUAUAAGCAUACUAUAGCCACUUGGUGUGCAGCACAUUUUGAUUUUAGGUCUGAAGAAUAAUUAAAUUAAGGGAAUUGAAAUUGUCAGUUAAAUAUAGCGGAGCGAAAAUUUGGAAUAACUUUUCAGUAAUCCAGUAUAAAUUGUAAAAUAGACAAACCAAAACCAUUAAAUGUUUUUGUUGAACUACAAUAUGAUAGCAAUGCAAAGAAUGAGGAGUUAUUUCUAUGGUUUAGUACGUCUACUCACAGCUGCAUUUCAUUGGCUAUCAUAACAAUCCCUGACCGAUGAUAACACGUCCUUGUUGUAGGAUGUUGUUUUAACAUCUAACGUAACGACGUAGCUAACGUACUAAGAACUCUUGAUAAUGACAAAGCUCAUGGCCCGGAUGAGAUUCCUGCUUGUUUACUAACAGAAACUGCAUCUCAAAUAGCUCCAUCUCUAUGUGAAUUGUUUAACAAUUCGUUGCGUAUUGGCGUGGUAACAUUUGAUUGGAAAUUUGCUAAUGUUGUUCCUGCUUAUAAAAAAUGAGAUGGGGAGUUUGUGUAAAAGUAUAUAGACCUAUAUCUCUGCCCUCACUGGUUUCGAAGGUUUUGGAACGCUGUGUCUUCAAUAUUAUUAAAGAUGAUAUUUUCUGUCGAAUAAAUCCUUGUCAACAUGAUUUCCCCCCUGGGAAACACUGUGUGACCCAACUUAUCGAAGUUUUUGACAAGAUAGGAAAACUGACAACUAUAUCGUGGCAAACAGAUAGAUGUAAUUUAUUUACUAGAUAUGUCAAAGGCUUUCGUCUGUGUUUGUGUGUAUGUUUGUGUUACACUGUACUUGUAAAUCGUACGUUUUGUCAUUUUGGGAUCACAGUAAUUGCCCGAAGCUGUUGUGACUUCCUGUCACAUUUGUAAUCAUGUUAUAUAUAGAAUUAUUGUUAUCUGUCAUGUAUUCGCGUUGUGACAAAGCUUAUAAAAUUCAAAAUUAAAACUACUGAGUAUUGAGCCAUGCAUGGUUUAAAUAAACACCUAUGGCUGCAAUUAAUUUUUAGUGAAUUUAAAGCAUUUUAGUAUUGUUGUGCCAUUACAACUAUAUAUUGAAAAACCAAAUUUAUUUUGGGUGUUUUCGCGUUUCGGUAAAUAGCCUCAUGUCAAGAUGUGAUUGUAAAAUUCAAAGCCACAAAAUAGAAGGCUCGCUUUGUUUGAUGUUGAACUGUACUUCACCGUGCACAGACCUUUGUCUCAACUUCAUUAAAUAUUACUCAUCGUGGUUGCACGUUUCACCUCUGCUAUUUCUAUUGGACGAUUACUUCAUUAUGCGAAAAUACAUUGAGCCAAUCACCGUGACCGUGCACAAUAAAAUUAACAUAAACUCAGACAAAAACAUAAUACAUGCAAUGACUUCUGUUUAGUUUCCACAUCAACAUAUCUCGACAGACUAUGUUCGGUAACAUACUUCAAGUAAAAAAACCCAAACGUCUGUUUAUCCAAUUUCUCUCCAACCGGCUGUGCAUGUUGUGGUGUCAUGUAGCUUUUUGCUAUCACUGCAUUAAUGUCUUGCCUUAGUAAAUUGAUAAGACUCAGUUCGCUACCAAUCCCAGGGGUCGUUUGUUCGAAAGCCAAUUAGCCUAAUCCUAGGUGAACCCAAAACUCAAAGCAAACUUCCCAACCGCUUGGUUAUAAAUUUAGGAUUAUUUUGUAAUCGUGUCUGGAUCAGUAGGAGUUUUGAAAUAACUGAACUUAUUAUAUGGAAGGCGGUCCAUCUGCAAAAUGCAGCAUUUUGAUUGGUUCCGGAGCGGCCGGUAACAUGCAGUACGUACCACUGAUCUCAGUAUGGAUCUCCCAAGCAUGCGAAGAUCAGACACCUCACACCUGCCGUACUGAAUAGUCUGAAUGACUGUGUCAAUAUUUAAAUGUAUCUUUAAAAUGUUUUUGUUAAAUAAAUUUUCGGCAUUAAAAAUUAAACGUAACGAUUUGAAUCGUGAGGAAUGUGACAGAUUUAAAAUCUCUCACUAGAUAAAUAUUCUGGCUUCAAAUUUAAUUUCCGGAAUUCGAAACGUAGGUCCAUCCAGUGGUAGUUUUGAGAUCAGUGAAAAUAACCCACUAUUUGUUUCAGGUACGUUUUGGUGUAUUCACAUGUUUUGACAUGUUAUUCAAAGACCCUGCAAUUGAUCUAGUACAAACCUAUGGUGUACAAAACAUUGUUGUUCCCACUGCUUGGUACAAAGGCUUUCCUGCGCUUGUUUCCAUCGAGUACCAUCAAGCCUGGUCACGUGUAAACUGCGUGAACCUCGUCACAGCAAACGUGUAUUAUCCCAACCGCGGUCUCAAUUUUACCGGAACAGGAAUUUACGAUUGUGGCGAAGCGAAGACGUAUACUUACGGCGAGGAGACGAUUGAAAAACGACUUCUUUUUGCUACAUUAUCAGGAAACAGAGAAGCCCAAAACGAUAAGACUGAUAUGCUGUACCGGUGGCGGCGUGAUAUCGAAAUGGUUAAAGAAUUUGGUAUGGACAGGAAAAUACCCCAAGACAUAGACAAUGAAAACAGAAUGCUUGACGAUCCAUAUGACAGCAUAAAAACAUUUAAAGCAAAAAUUAUGGGGAAUGUAUUCACAUUAACAAAACUAACCUCCCCUGCAAGUGAGUUGUCAGUAUGUGUUAAAGGUUUAUGUUGCAAUCUUAAAUACGGCUUACCUGAAGGAAAACAGUUUACAGAAACAUUUGCUAUGGGGACAUUUAUUGGUAACAAUCCUGAUGGUUUUUAUUGGGAGGUGUGUUUGCUUCUUAAGUGUGCAUCGAGUGAAGAAAGUUCAUGUGGCACGACUGUGAUGGAUUCUGGGACAGUAUUCCAAUCAUUCACCAUGAGCGGCAACUUUUCCAGUACCGCUUUGGUUUUCCCAAUGGCUUUAGGGAGUGGUGUCUCCCUCUUUUCCACAGAUAAAGUCAAGUUUGCGAAUAAGAGUAUUUCAGGCAAAGCAUUACAGAAACCAUUGUUGACAGCAUCUCUUCUCGGUAGAGUGUAUUCCAAGGACAAACCACACAAUUGAAACCUGGGAUGCACUGACUUCUAUCAAUCAUAUGUAGUUCUAAUUAAUAAUUGUAAUAAAAAGAACCAUUCUUUUUUGCGAAAGAAUUGCUUUCGGAAGGAAAUUUGUUUUUUUUCUGCCAAGCAGAGCAAGUAUUUUUUCUAGUGAAAUAGCUGUGCAGUGUUUCUUUCUCAUCUUGACC